AGAGAGUUGAAUAAGAUAGCUUGAGACCGCUUUAUCUGAAACUGUUAUUUUUUUCUUUGUUUUCUUUUCGCUAAAACUCAAAAAUGGUUUUACAUGAAGUCAGGUAAGUCUAAUUUAUAGAGAGAGAGAGAGAGACAGAUAGCUAGUAAUAAAAAGAUAUUGAUUGUGGUGUAAUUAAAAAUGAUCUUGAAAACAGCGAAGAGAUUUUGGUUCUUGUUUAUUAAUGGGGUUUUCAAGAGCACUUGAUCAAGUUCAGCUUGUAGAAGAGAAAGAAAUUACAAGGCUUGGAGGAACUCCUUUCAUGGCUAGUAAUAAUAAAGUCAUCACCAAUCACUCUACACAACUAGAACAUCAUCUCCAUCAGCAUCAACAUCAACAUCAACAACAACAGCAGCAGCAGCUUCAGCAUCAAAUAAUACAAGAGCAUCACCAGAUUCCUUAUGGAAUGAUGCAAUCGUCAUCAUCAUCCACUAUCCCUGGAAACUACAUUAGUAGUAAAGAUACUGGAACUUAUGAUCUGGGAGAAUUAGAUCAAGCACUUUUCCUUUAUCUUGAUGGACAAGAAGCUUCCGGUGUUCAAGAGCAAAGACAGAAUUCAGGAAUGAGGCCUCCAACUUUGAACAUUUUCCCUUCUCAGCCUAUGCACGUAGAGCCAUCAUCAACGAAGGCUGGUGCAGUUUUAGUUUCUUCUACAAAUAAUAGUGGUUCAAAGAGACCAUCCGAGGCGUCCAUGGAGUUGGCCAACGCACGAAAUGACGCUGCAUCUGGGCCUGAACCAGCUAAAUCUGUCAAGCGUGAAGGAAACCGAAAAGGUCCAACAUCAAGCUCAGAACAAGAAGGACCCAAAACACCAGACCCUAAGACACUGAGAAGACUUGCUCAGAAUAGAGAGGCGGCAAGGAAAAGUAGGUUGCGAAAAAAGGCUUAUGUCCAGCAGCUAGAAUCAAGCAGGAUCAAACUUACCCAACUGGAACAAGAGCUACAACGAGCCAGAACUCAAGGCAUGUUCUUCGGUGGAGUUUUAGGUGGAGAGCAAGGGCUUCCUGUUGGCAUCAACAACAUUAGCUCAGAUGCUGCUGUAUUUGACAUGGAGUAUGCACGAUGGCUUGAGGUGCAUCAUCGUCUAAUGUGUGAACUUCGAGCAGCAGUACAAGAGCAUUUACCCGAGAAUGAACUUCGGCUCUUUGUAGACAACUGCUUAGCGCACUACGAUGAGAUGAUGAACCUCAAAAGUAUGGUGGCUAAAACGGACGUGUUUCACCUUGUUUCUGGCUUGUGGCAGACUCCGGCUGAGAGAUGCUUCUUGUGGUUGGGUGGAUUCCGGCCAUCUGAGCUCAUCAAGGUUAUACUGAGCCAAAUUGAGCCAUUAACGGAGCAACAGAUCUUGGGUAUAUGUGGACUGCAACAAUCUACACAGGAGGCUGAAGAAGCUCUCUCCCAAGGGCUUGAAGCUCUUAACCAGUCUAUUUCAGACACCAUAGCUUCUGAUUCUCUGAGCUGCCCACCUAACAUGGGUAAUUACAUGGGCCAAAUGGCUGUAGCCAUGAACAAACUCUCCACCCUCGAGGGUUUUGUUAGGCAGGGAGAUAAUCUGAGGCAUCAAACAUUACACCGGCUGCAUCAACUUCUGACCACCCGUCAAGCUGCAAGGUGUCUUCUGGCGAUUGCGGAGUACUUCCAUCGUCUCCGAGCUCUUAGCUCUCUCUGGGUCGCUCGCCCUCGACAGGAAUGA